AUGGAAGUGCCAAGCCUCUGUGCCUGCUGCGGCACGCGCCUGCUAACCUUCCUCUGCUCCUUUGCAGGGGUGGAGAGGGCCGUGCGGGAUGCCCGCCUGUCCCACGAGCGGGCGAAUGCCGCGAGCUCCUCCGACAAGGGCCGGAUGGACCGCCUAGAGGCCAGCCUGCGGGAGGAGCGUGCCAAGACGGCGCGGCUGGAGCGGGAGCUGGCGGCUGCCACACGGCCGCGCAGCCCGCCCUUCAGGGCGCCACGCCCGGCCUCGGAGCGUUCCGCGGCCUCCGCGUCGUCCGCCUCGCGCCGGCAAACCACCUCCCUGGCCCCACGCACGCAGAGCCUGCAGGGGCAGCUGAUGCGCCAGUGCGCGGAGCUGGCCAAGCUGCGUGCCGCGCUUGCGGCGGUGGAGUCUGGGGAGGACGGCGUGCUGCCCCUAUCCCGCCUGCGCGAGAUGCUGGACCGCGCGCUGCGCCUGCAGGAGAGCACGCUGAGCGAGGUGGCGGCGGGGGAGGGCGGGGGGCCGGGCGAGGGGCGGCGCGUCUCGGUGGAUGAGGAGGUGAGUCUGGCCGACGACGGGUCGGCGGGGGUGGGGGCCACCGCCGCCGCGGCGGUCUCCGUGGCGCUGGCGCAGAGCUGGGCGGCCACGGCACGCCACGCCACGCCCUCCAGCGCCCACGCCUCCUUCACCCGCGCCAACGGCGGCGCGUCGCCGGGCAACGGCCGCGCCCGCUUCAAGCUGGUGGCCGCCGUGCCGCGCUCCCGCCGGAAAAAGGUGCCCGGAGACGGCGGCGCGACGCAGACCACGCUGACCACCAAGCUGAGCAUGCUGCCCACGGAAAGCAGCGUGGCCCUGGACUCGCUGGCGGAUGCCUCGCGCAGGUUUGUGAGAGGGUCUGCUCUGGUGGUCUUUGUGCGCGCUCGGCUGCUGGACUCCGCCAUGGACGACGAGCAGGAGGCGACGUGGCGGGCGUGCGGGAGCCACCUUAAGCUGCACUGGCUGUCCAGCCCACGAAGCGUGCUGCUGUCCAGCAAGCCUGCGCCCAGCCUGGCGCCACGCACUGUGGAUGCCGUGCUGUGGCUGGUGCGCCGUGGGCUGACGGUGGACCUGGACGCGGCGCUGCGCACGUGGAAAGCACGGCGCGGCUGUUGGGGGCGGGGCCGGUCCGGCCAGGCAGGAGAGGUCGGCGAGGAGACGGGGUCGGGCGGCGAGGAGGCGGAGGAGUAUGAUGACAGUGAGCCGCUCUGGGGGGAUGACCAUGAAGUGGAGCAGAGCGACGGCCACACGGCAGCUCGGCGGCGCUCCUCGACAGCGUCCCGAUCGGCACCGCCCACCGCCAACCCCUACGCGGACGUGGAGGGCCCCGAGCCCUUGCCCGCCCGUGUGGCUUCAGCCAUCGAUCUGGUGGUGACCCUGGGUGGCGACGGCACCCUGCUCUGGGCCUGCUCCCUGUUCGGGGACGCGCCCGUGCCGCCCAUCGUGGCCUUCGCCAUGGGCUCGCUGGGUUUCAUGACGCCCUUCCCCGCCGCGCGCCUCUGCACCGUGCUCUCCCGCGUCGCCAGCACCGCCCACGGCUUCCCCAUCAUGCUCCGCCACCGCCUCCAGGUUGGUUUGGGGGCACGGUGUUGCGCGAGGCAGCGGGCGAGGCGGCGUGCCCCUCCCCCCCCCUCCAUGGUGCUGAACGAGCUGGUCAUCGACCGCGGCACCGCGCCCAGCCUGACCAACCUCCACGUUUACGCGGACGGCGCCUUUGUGACCGUGGUCCAGGGCGACGGCUUGAUCGUGGCCACGCCCACCGGCUCCACCGCCUACAAUCUGGCGGCGGGGGGGUCCAUGGUGCACCCGGGGGUGCCCUGCCUGCUGUUCACCCCCAUCUGCCCCCACACCCUCUCCUCCCGCCCCCUAGUCUUCCCCGAGCACGUGGCCCUGACCAUCGUGGUCCCGCGCGAGGCCCGCGCCGGGGUAUACGCCUCCUUCGACGGCAAGCACCGCGUGCUCCUGGCCCCGGGGGACGGCGUGGCGGUGCGCGCCUCGCAGUUCCCUGUGCCCACGGUGUGCAACCUGGACGCCAGCAACGACUGGUUCAGGAGUGUGCGGGACGGGCUCAACUGGAACGCGCGCGUCGUGCAGGGCGCGGGGGAGAAGGCGGCAAAGGCGUGA